GCCAACGUCAUUAAUGUGCGCCUCGUGUUUACAGACAGCCGUCAUAAAUUCAAUUUCCAGAUGUCAGCUGCUUUAAUAUUAAGCACGGGAGGUAUAGUUUGGAUUAUAAUAUGAAUCCGUGUGGGGGGAAAGCACAGAAUAAAUAAGACGAAUCUUUUAGUAAAAAUUAACAUUAUAUGACGCAGAUUUUAUUAAGUAUUUUGUGGAUGUCUGAAUGUUGAUGUGAUUGGAAGAAGUUGUGGACUAAAAAGUUGUCAGAGGUAAAAUCUUCUGUAAAACGGCUCAUUAUAAAGUUACAGCGCGGUGUAACAUGGCACCUGCAAGCAGUGAUUUAAUGUGAAAAGUCAAAUAUGGACGAAGAAGAAGAUCUGGAGACACUUGGUGAGAAACUGUACACUCUGAUUUACCCCAAACACAAAGAGAAUGCUGGAAAACUCACAGGUAUGUUGCUGGAGCUGCCAGGUCCUGUGCUGAGUCAGAUGCUGCAGGAUGAAGCCACGCUGACUGCUGCUGUGGAGAAAGCCCUCAGAGCCCUGCAGCUGGCACAGGAUCCCAGCAAGGUAACAUGUAAGGACGAGGAUGACGCAUCUGUGUCCUCUGACUCUCUGGGGGAGCAGCUGUUUGACCUGGUGGAUGUUUACAACACAGGCCACUCGCAGAAAAUCACAGGAAUGCUUCUGGAGCAGCACAAAGAGGUCGUGUUAAACCUUCUUUCAGAUCCAGAACUGCUGGAAGAGCAGGUGAACUUCGCCCUGAAGACUCUCAAGGAACAGAACAUGGAGGAGACAGACAUUAGUGACACGUCGGAUGCUGAUGACACAGAGAGGCUGGGAGAGAAGAUCUUCUCACUGGUGGAGGAGCUGGAUCCACUUCAUGCAAAUGAUAUUACAGGUAUGCUGCUGGAGAUGGACCCAGCUGCUCUCCAACAGCUGCUCAGUGACCACUCGAUGCUGGAGGUUGCCGUUCAGAAAGCACAAGCAGCGCUGGACACUCAGAAUCGAACUCUCUCUACUUGAAGAGAAGAGGACAGGAACUAUUUGCACACAGAAUGAGACAUUAACAAAUAAAUGACUUUGAUGAACUCAGAUAACAUAAUGUUGGGAAGAGCUGGCACAUUACUCCAGGAGAUCACGGUAAUACAAAUUACUUAUACAAGUAGCUAUCUUUGUUAUAUACUGACUGUUGGAAGGUCUACAUUUGACUGGACUUACUGUAAAUAAUUAAACAGUCUAAUGAGCCUUUUCUUAGUUGAAAGUAAGCUGAUAUUGCCACUUUUUUAGCAGAGGUGCUCAAUUUGCUAGUACAAUAUCGUCUUUCUCAGAUCAGUGUCGCUUGAUGAAAAUGUUUGUAAAAAGAGAGGAUUUAAUUGUAAGGCUGUAAAAUAUGUGCUUAUUUGAUAUAAGUGUUGCCAACGGUCAUGCUAUGACAAUUUAUUAGAUUUUGUUUUUGUACUGUACAUAACGAUGUAACUGUGAGAUGGUGAAAUGUCUUUGCUAACAGAAAUACAGCAGAUUAUAUAAAACUAAGGAUGCUGCAAAUUUUUAGCCAUGCACACGACAUGGCUCUGUGGAUGUCAGUUGUGAUCUGACAGUCCAUCACUUUGGUCCUGAUUGAAAUGUCUUACCAGGGUCACACUGGUGCAUUUGCAUGUAUAUUAGGUAGAAAUUAAAUGAAAACCUGACUGUAAAUCCCCUUCAUCACCAUCCCAAUGCUGUGGAACAAAAUGUCUUAGCAUAGCCUGUGUUCCCUUGCUAGCAGUUCAUUUGUUGUUAGAUCUCUGUCAGCUAAUAAUGUCUUUAAUGUCAUUCACUGUCAUUGAUCAUAUUUUCAUCAUAUUUGCAUUCCGAGUUAUGUGCAAAUGUGGCAGCUCCACUGGUUUUGUUUUCCUUAGGUACACGCGCUUGCCAGAACGGUUCCUACAGCUUAAGCCACAUUAGAUUUAAGACCCUCGGAGUGAUAUUUAAGACCAGUUUUACAUUUUAGGGUCAAUUAAGGGUUAAUUUAAGGUUAGGGACAAAUGUUUACUGUAACAAAUAACAUUACUUUCCUGAUCUAGUUGAAAAGUUAGAUGAUCUACUUCAAAUGCUGAAAAAAUAUUAAUACUUUU